UGGACUAGGUCAAGAUCACAGAAAGCCUCAUGGGCGAUGAAGGCACCGGCGCCGCCGGCUUUCUUCAGCGCAUUGGUUCCAAGCCCGCCGGGUGCUUCUCACUCGCAUGCGCGAGGCGGGAAGCCCGAGCGAGGCAAGCACGCGGUCCGCUUGGCGCCUUUGGGCGACGCCCCGUCGCCCCGCGAAGCAGCCCGCGAAGCGGGCUCGAUGUCGCCCCGGGCGCCCCGAACCCGACUUCAGGAGGCUGAGGGAACCGCUCUGCAGGAAUUGCGGCGGCACCGGGCCAAGCGAAUAAGCAAGUCGGAAGACGACGACGAGCAGACCAAAAAGUCGCGAUCUGUGAAGAGCAUUGAGCUGAACUCAGAUUCCAGCCUAGAUUCGCGGCUGGUUUUUGUCAAGAAGCCCUCCAUGGAGGCUGAGGCGCAAGCACGGAAGAGGGCUUCAGCCUCGUCCUUUUUCCCCAAGGCGCCGGGGAAAUCCCGGCAGGAGCGCCUGAUGCAGGGCUGCGACAAGGUGAGAAAGAAAACGAGCAGACGGCGCCACUCCAGUAGCUCCACACUGAGGGGCAGUGAUCUCAGCCCAUCGAGUCACUUCAGCGACCCUGACACGGAGCUGGACGUGGAACUGCCAGAGCUGCCAGAGCCAAAGUUGGCGCCUCCCGCCAUUGCUUCUGCCCCCUGGCAACUGCAGCGGCGCAAGCUGCAAGCAGCACUGGAGAAGGUGCAGUGUGGUGUGCAGCCGGAGGCACCAUCCCAGGAGCUAGUUGAGCAGGCAGAGACUUUGCAGAAAGCAGUGCGCGAGAAGAGCCUUGACGGCCGCGCUGCGCUGGCAUAUUGCCUGGUUCAGAAGCUUGGCUCGUUGGACAAUGCCUUCAAGUAUUUGGACUGCUCACAGACUGGACGCUUUCCAAAGGUGACGUGGGAGACAGCCCUUCUUAUCCUGCACCUCCAAGUUUUACAGCUUACAGGAGCAACCAAGCACGACAUCUUUAAGGUGAUGAGCGGCCAGAGCCAAGAGGUGAGCAGAGAAGGCUGGGAUGAGUAUUUUGCAGGCCUAGAGGACUUUGCAAGUCCCACAUCGCGACCCAAACCAGCGAUGUGUCGUGCAGAUGUCCUCACGAGCAAGGGAGACACAGGUUCCUCCCAGGUUGCCAGCCAAUUGCCACCCAUGGACGGCUCAGUUUCAACGAGUGAGCCUGGCGCGCCAAGCACGCCCAGCGCACCCAGCGCGCCCAACGCGCCCCGCGCGCCCAGCGCUCCCAGCGCGCCGAGCGCGCCACGGGAGCCGGUGGAGCCUUCAGAUGCUCACGGCAAGCCGCCGGAUCCCUCCGGCGAGCCCUCAGCCAAGCCGACUGAGUCUGCGUCACCUCAGAAAGCCUCACGCUUCAAGAAAGCCGUGCGGGCAGUCGUGGCCGUGGAAAGGUUCGCCAAGAAAACGGAGGGCAGACAAACUUCGGAGGACAGCACUCCCAAGACUCCCAAACCGAAGCCAACACGCCGGCCAAGUGCGGCUAGGUUUGCCACUGGACCAGCAGAUGUGGUGCCAUUGGAAGAUGAUGACACGUUUCUGGCUCGGAUUGCUGAGUCAUUGGAAGAGCUGCCGCUUGAUCGAGAGGUAUUUGUGGAGUGCAGCUCCCGGCAUCAGAAAUCGGUGCUGAUGGAGAAGGCCCGUGAGAAGAGCUACUCGGCCUCGGCCUUGCAAUCCGGAGUCCUGGUGGUGAACGAAGGGGGGCAGGCCAGGCAGCUGCGGGAGAAGGUGAGCUCUUCCGCCGUGGGCUUCUCGCAGCUGCUGUGUCCGCAGACGCUUCAGCAGUUUGGCAUGGCGCUGGUGGAAGAGGCCGGCCUCACGGUGCUGGGUUCCAAGCACAGAGCACCGGAUCCCGGGAGCCACGAAGGUCACGAAGGCGGCUUUCUGAUGGACGUGCUGAAAGACAAAGGCAGCCCCGAGGAGAUUCAGCGUGCUGCUGAGGCCUUCCUCGACAGCCUAGCGGAGGGGGAGGUGACGUCCUACGCCUUCGCGGCCACGUCGUUGUUCCGGGCCGCCCUGGUGCGGGCCGCGGUUGCCAAAGGUUUGGAGACCAGAAACUCCUCGGAUGGGCACUUGCAGCUGGGGAGGCUCCACGUGUUUUCCGAGUCCGUGCAGCAAAUCAUCGACCAUCUGCAGGAUGGUGAAGAGCACGACUUCGGAAGCCUGCUCCACGACUUGCAGAAGCAGGUGGUACGGGAGAAGUCCAGUGCAGCGGACCUGGUCGUGACGGAGGACGAGUCCAUGAAGAUCCGGAGGGUGACGCCUUCGCCCGUGUUUGAAAAGACGUCGGCACUGGACGAGCUGCGGAGAUUGACGGAGGCAGCUUUCUCGCAGUAUGCCACUGGGAGGUUGGGCCAUCAGAUCUUCCUCCGUCGCAUUGACCUGCAACGACUUGCCUGCGACACUCGCGAGGGUUCAGAGCCCGACUUCCUGACGAAGCUGGACGAAGUCUUCGACGACACGCUGGAGCUCCAGCUGGACAUCGUGGGGACGAAGUACGGCCUCUCCAAGGAGUACUUCCAGGUUUUCCUCACCAAGGCCUCCAGGGAUUUGUCCUGGCACCCGAGCUACGAAUCGCUGGAGGCCUUGAAGGAAGCCUAUGAAGCAGACUCGGACGAGGAACGCUCGACGGAUGAGUCCUAGCUUAGCAUUGCUCGAGGCAAUCGCUCGGAAAACACAAAAACACCGCCAAAGCGCCAUUUGAUUUCCGCUCCUUAGUCACUGGAUCCGAGCCCACCCCAAGACA